CCCGUUCCCGCCCCGCGGCCCGCCCGCCCCGGCUCCCGCCGCCCGCUCCGCCCGCUCCGCCCGCUCCGCCCGCGGACCCAGCGCUGCGGCCCGACCCGGUGGGCUCGGGGGCGCGCCGCGGCCAUGCAGCGCCGGGGCGCCCUGUUCGGCGUGCCGGGCGGCAGCGGCGGCAGGAAGAUGGCUGCAGGGGACGUCGGCGAGCUGCUGGUGCCGCACAUGCCCACGAUCCGCGUGCCCCGCUCGGGGGACAGGGUGUACAAGAACGAGUGCGCCUUCUCCUACGACUCCCCGAAUUCUGAAGGUGGACUCUAUGUAUGCAUGAAUACAUUUUUGGCCUUUGGAAGGGAACAUGUUGAAAGACAUUUUCGAAAAACUGGACAGAGUGUAUACAUGCACCUGAAGAGACAUGUGCGAGAGAAGGUAAGAGGGGCAUCUGGUGGAGCUUUGCCAAAAAGGAGGAAUUCCAAGAUUUUUUUAGAUCUAGAUACUGAUGACGAUUUAAAUAGCGACGAUUAUGAAUAUGAAGACGAAGCCAAACUUGUUAUAUUCCCAGACCACUAUGAAAUAGCACUACCAAAUAUUGAGGAGUUACCAGCCCUGGUAACAAUUGCUUGUGAUGCGGUUCUCAGUUCAAAAUCUCCAUAUAGAAAGCAGGACCCAGACACAUGGGAAAAUGAAUUGCCAGUAUCCAAAUACGCCAAUAACCUUACCCAAUUGGACAACGGAGUCAGGAUUCCUCCAAGUGGUUGGAAGUGUGCCAGGUGUGACCUGCGGGAAAACCUCUGGUUGAAUCUGACCGAUGGCUCUGUGCUGUGCGGGAAAUGGUUCUUUGACAGCUCUGGAGGCAACGGCCACGCACUGGAGCAUUACAGAGACAUGGGCUACCCUCUAGCUGUGAAACUGGGAACCAUCACUCCUGAUGGGGCAGAUGUUUAUUCUUUUCAAGAAGAGGAACCCGUUUUGGAUCCUCAUUUGGCCAAGCACUUAGCGCAUUUUGGAAUUGAUAUGCUUCAUAUGCAUGGGACAGAGAACGGGCUUCGGGACAAUGACAUGAAGCCGCGGGUCAGCGAGUGGGAAGUGAUCCAGGAGACGGGGACGAAGCUGAAGCCCAUGUAUGGCCCCGGAUACACGGGUCUCAAAAAUCUGGGCAACAGCUGCUACCUGAGUUCUGUCAUGCAGGCCAUCUUCAGCAUCCCAGAGUUCCAGAGAGCGUACGUAGGGAAUCUUCCAAGAAUAUUUGACUACUCUCCUUUAGAUCCAACACAGGACUUCAACACACAGAUGACUAAGUUAGGACAUGGCCUUCUCUCAGGCCAGUAUUCAAAACCUCCAGUGAAAUCUGAACUCAUUGAACAGGUGAUGAAGGAGGAACAUAAGCCUCAGCAAAAUGGGAUCUCUCCACGCAUGUUCAAGGCCUUUGUAAGCAAGAGCCACCCCGAAUUCUCCUCUAAUAGACAGCAGGACGCCCAGGAAUUUUUCUUGCACCUGGUGAAUCUAGUAGAGAGGAACCGCAUUGGCUCUGAAAACCCAAGUGAUGUUUUUCGGUUUUUGGUGGAAGAACGUAUCCAGUGCUGUCAGACUCGAAAAGUCCGCUACACGGAGAGAGUGGAUUACCUGAUGCAGUUACCUGUGGCCAUGGAGGCAGCAACCAACAAGGAUGAACUGAUUGCCUAUGAAUUGACGAGAAGGGAAGCAGAAGCAAACAGAAGACCCCUUCCCGAGUUGGUUCGUGCCAAGAUACCGUUUAGUGCCUGCCUUCAGGCCUUUUCUGAACCAGAAAAUGUAGAUGACUUCUGGAGUAGCGCCCUACAAGCAAAAUCUGCGGGUGUGAAAACGUCCCGCUUUGCCUCAUUCCCUGAAUACUUGGUAGUGCAGAUAAAGAAGUUCACUUUUGGUCUUGACUGGGUUCCCAAGAAAUUUGAUGUUUCUAUUGAUAUGCCAGACCUACUUGAUAUCAAUCAUCUCCGAGCCAGGGGGUUACAGCCAGGAGAGGAGGAACUUCCGGACAUCAGCCCCCCUAUAGUCAUUCCUGAUGACUCGAAAGAUCGUCUGAUGAACCAACUGAUAGACCCCUCAGAUAUUGAUGAGUCAUCAGUGAUGCAGCUGGCUGAGAUGGGUUUCCCUCUAGAAGCAUGUCGGAAGGCUGUGUACUUUACUGGAAACAUGGGAGCUGAAGUGGCCUUCAACUGGAUCAUUGUUCACAUGGAAGAGCCAGAUUUUGCCGAACCACUGACCAUGCCUGGUUAUGGAGGAGCAGCUUCUGCUGGAGCCUCUGUUUUUGGUGCUACUGGAUUGGAUAAUCAACCUCCGGAGGAAAUUGUAGCUAUUAUUACCUCCAUGGGAUUCCAUCGAAAUCAGGCUAUUCAGGCGCUACGAGCCACGAAUAAUAACCUGGAAAGAGCACUGGAUUGGAUCUUUAGUCACCCUGAGUUUGAGGAGGACAGUGACUUUGUGAUCGAGAUGGAGAAUAACGCCAAUGCAAACAUUAUUUCUGAGGCCAAGCCUGAAGGACCUAGAGUCAAGGAUGGAUCUGGAAUGUAUGAAUUAUUUGCGUUCAUCAGUCACAUGGGAACAUCUACAAUGAGUGGCCAUUACGUUUGUCAUAUUAAAAAGGAAGGAAGGUGGGUGAUCUACAAUGACCAUAGAGUGUGUGCCUCAGAAAGGCCCCCCAAGGACCUGGGCUACAUGUACUUUUACCACAGGGUGCCACGCUGAGCCUCAGAUGUGCCAGUCGGCGAGAGGAAGCCACACGCCUUUUUAAUUUGCCAAAAAAAAAAAAAAAAAAAAAAAAAAAAAAGCAGAAGUUGGGACAGCCAGACAUGAAGGAAUACAUGGGGUAUUUAUAGUUUAUUUAAAGAACAUCAUUUGACGCCUUCUGAAAUAGAACUGGGAAGAAAUUUCUAUUAGUGAUGAUACACUACUGUAGAUAGUUUUUCUUUUUAUAAAUGUUCAAGGAGAGGAUGAUUAAAAAAAUAUUUAUAUUGCUGGUGGGGGAUCUGCCACUGUCACACCAAAAAUGAGAAUGUGCCACCAGCCCUCUAUUAUGCUUUGAGGGGCCAGUGGUGUGGCCUCACCCCACACCCAAUAAACCAACAGCCCAGUUUUGUUUCAUAUCGAAAAUCAGUAAUGGGAUGGGCUUUGUGACAUAAUUUUUUCAUUACACACAAUUUCUGACCUAUCCAUGUAUAGAAGAUUAGAGCAUCUGCAAUGAAAGGUAUUUUUAAUUUAAUCAUAUUGAAAUUCAUAAUGUGAUUGUGUGAAUGUGUGAGGGUGAGACCGUUAUCGUCAACCAGGAAAUCUGCAACGGGCUGGUUUUUAAAGGUUAAAGUAGUUGGUAUUAAACAUAGCUGGGAAAAGCAAGUAACUAUUUUAAAGAAACUAUAACUCAGGAACAGUUUUAAAAAUUGGUUCCCCACUUAGAUUUUCAGGCAUGAAAAGGGCUGAGUCGUCCCCAUAAGUGCUAUCAAGAAUUCACCCGGGUUUAUGACAUUUUGCGGUGUAACGCCAGAUAUCCACGGCAGCACAAUAUUGUUCUUGGCCAAACAAAGGUAGACGAAUUCUGUUUCUCAGCAGCCUUUCCCGCCAAGGCAUAGUGUGUAUUUUUAGUUCAAAUAGCUAAUUUUACCAUAACAUAUAACAACUCCCUGGAGUCACACUAAGUGCCCCAAAUUUGUCUGUAAGUUUCUUGUCCCUGCAGUCUUUGCCUGACUCCAUUUCUACAUUUUCCUGGGGCUGAAGUCUCCUCUCUGGCCUUUCUUGGCUAAUCACAUCCUGACUUGCCUUCGCUGCUUAUUUGCUGUGACGAGCGGUGUGAUCUUGGGCACCCAAAGGGCUUCGGGUGCAAAGAAACUUUUUAUGACGUUAUGAAAGAACCAUCAUUUCCAUUUUGGUAUUUCUGUCUUUUUGCAACCUGGGAUCAGAUCAGAGUUUCGAACGAGGUGAAACAGUGCAACAAGAGUGGUUUAUAAUCUUCAUGCAGCUCUGUACUGAAUGCCAAGGUCUCUGGCGUUUCUAUUUCAGAUUGUCCAAUCAAAUGAAGAAGAAUCUAUUGCAAUUUGCUUAACAUGCCUUUGAUUGGUAGGAAGGAUCUUUCUAGAAACUGUAGGAAAAUAAAGUAGAACCAGCUGGGUAAAAUACCACAUGGACGGUGGAUUACGACAUGGUGAGUUGUGAAUAGUCAGGAUUCUGGUUAUGGUCAGGGCUUCUCUCAUGGGAGUUCAGCUACACCGUGUGUGUGAGGGACACUGAGCCCCGAGGCCCAGCGCCCAGAGACUUGGGUGCUGUCCUUUGCUGGCCAGGUCCCUCAUCCUCCCUGUGCCUCACUUUCCUUAUCUGCACAAUGACACCUACUCUCUCCUGCCAGCUGUGCUUUGAGGAUAUGGUGAGAUUUCAUACAAUGACCCUUGAAAAGAGUAGCAGGUGGGGUGCCAUGUGGGUCCUAGUAGAGAGUGUGCUCCCUCUUCUCGUCUGAUGUUUUUCUUCAGUUUGGGAACAAAUGCAGUUGGUAUGGGGGGAGCUCAUGAUGCAGUAAUUCCCUCUCGACUUGGUUGUGCCCACCAGUGUCAUCUUUUAUUGGUGAUUCCAAUAUCCUCAAGCAGCCCCACACCAUCACAUGCACCCUGACUCCUAUAGAAAUCCCCACGCUAAGCAGCCUUACAAAAUCCAGUCUCCUUAGGGCUGAGUGUCAUGGAAUCAUGACUCCAAAUACACAUCAAAAAUGACUUGUUUUCCACGCUAUUACAAAGCAAAGGCCUUCUUCCAGGGUGGGGGUGGGGGGGUUACUGGGGCUUUGGAUGGAAAUGUGGACAAAGAUAGCGUGUGUAUUUUGAACAAAAUAAAAAUUUUGUAAUAAAACUUUGCAAAAUGGUGUAAAAUCAGUGUAAGAUUAUAGGCUAUACAGUACUUACUUUCGUUAAGUAGAAAAAUAAACCUAGCCCUUUCGAUGCCUAAACAUAUUGUUAGAAAGUACACUAUGGCUGCCUUUUUUUCCUGCCUCACAAAACAAAGGGCUAUUUCUACAAGGCAAAGUUUUAUAUAUGUGCUACUCUUUAUUUCAGAUUGAGAGUUGGGGAAAAACUGGAGCAAAUAAUGGGUUUCUUUCUUGCUUAAAAGUGUAUUUAUAUGUAUACCUUAAUAUAUACAAGGCAGGUUUCCCUGGAAUAAAAGUCUGGAACAUACUGCUUCAUUUUACACACAUAUAUUGACGAGAUUACUUGUGACUGAAAACUGGAAUAAUGUAUGGAUUUUGUCAACAAAAUCAGCCUGUUAGGAGUCCUCUGUGUGAGGCGUGGUGGUAUAAUUGUGAAAUUCUCAUUGUGUGUGGGUGUACGUGUGAAAGAGUGCACUUUUUUUUUCCUGUAAAUAUCUUUUGAUAUCCAUUUGUGUAAAAUCCCAAUGAAAUGUCUUUGGAAAAUGUAUCAAAGUUUUUAUUUUGUCAAUGGAUCUAAAUGCCCAUAUUACUAAUCAGAAAUCCAGUUUGGUUCAGAUUGGGAAUUUUUUUUAAGGGAAAAAAGCAUGCAAGGAGGACUGUGGGAAGAAUCAUAUUUUAAUGCCAUUUUACAUCAGUGUUGCUUCAAUAUUUGAAUUGACUUGGCUGUUUUCUUUCAACUAUAAGAGAAUGUGCCUGCCAUUCCCCAUGCUCUCUUUGGGCUACAAGAAGCCUACCACAAGUAGCUUGAGCCUGUGACUCCCAACAUCAUUUAUUCCCAUGACCUGAAUUGGCUGGAGCCUCACUCACAGUGCCGACAGAGUGCAUCCCGGUUUGUGGUCUGACUCCACCCCCAGGCCACGGGCCCUUAACCUCUCUGGGCCUUUUUCCUUACAAUGAGUGUGUUAGGCUGGAUAAGCUCAGAAGUCCCUUCCUGCCCUGACAUUUGAUUCUAUUUUAUUUUCCUGUGUUUACUACUGGGGCCAGACAUAUGGGAUGUGAGGGAUCCCAGAGAGGUUAGUUGUAAUGUGUUGGUUUGUUGCAGCUCAUACACCCCAGUUUAUAAGCUGCAUCAUUUUUAGUGUCCCCACCUCAACCUCUCUGCCCACUUUCUUUGGUAAUUUUACUACUCCCUUUUCUCCCCCUCCAUUCUUGAAACUCUCUACUUCUCAGUCCAUGGAGAUACCUUGUUUCCAUCUUUAAAAAUGAAAAAUCUAUCUGAAACACCUGAGAUGAAAAACCUCAGAACCACUUUCCACUAAAUCUGUAACAUGUGCAGAGUAUUUUCGUGCUCUAAUUCAGUUAAUUCGUAAUCUAAAUCAGUGCUGCGAAAGUUGUCUAUCAUAGAAAGGAUGUCUUUUCCUCUUGUAGGCAUCACUGUUGCUAAAUCACAUCAUCUACAUAGUCUUGGGGAGGUAGCAGGUGACUAGGAGGAUGAGGGAAUAGGAUUGAAUGAAGUGUGAUUCCACCGUUUACCUAGGUCAGAAAUCCUAGGUUACAGAACAAGAUUCUCUAUUCUUAAGUUGGUGUAUAAGGUCACCUACCUGGUGCUAUGAAGAUUCCCUUCUCUGUAAAUCAUCUUGAAAGAGUUUGUAUUAAAAUUCUCUAGCUUUGUGCUAUUUAGUGCAGCUGUCAAUAGCCACAUGUGGCUAGUGACCUCUUGAAAUUUGGCUUGUCCAAAUCGAGAUUGUGCUGUUCACAUAAAAUACACACCAGCUUUUGAAGACUUGGUACCAAAAAAAGGGGAAUGUAAAAUAUUUGAUCAAUAUUUUAUUUUAUAGUGAUUACCAUGCUGAAAUGAUGUUUUAGAUGAAUAAGGUAUUAUUAAAAUUUCACUUCUUUUUAUCUUUUUUUAAUAUGUCCACCAAAAAAUUAUUUUUAUUUUUUUAAUUUAUUUUUUCCACCAAAAAAUUUAACAGUAGACCUAUGGCUUGCAUUGAACUCAUAUUGGACAGUGCUGCUCUGGAUUCUAGACGGCUUGGCAUAGGCAGUGAGGUGCCACAUGUGGAAGGUGAUUCUUCCAAACAUCCAGGUAGACAGAAGCAGCACACAUAUUUUCACUGGAGUUAGGAGCACUAUGAGGCACAGAAUGCCCAGAAGGCAGAAGAUUUUUCUGUGUAAAAACCAAUAUGUAUAAGACUCCAAGUAAAAAAACAAAAGCAAACGAGCCCCAAACCUUGUUCCUUCGGCUUUGCUUAGAAGCUGCUAACUUUGCACUUAUUUUUCAAGCAUCUUCCACGUGCCAAGGAUGUUGGCUACGUGAGGGUGCUGGGCAUAUUUGCUUCCCUUUAGGCAACAUUCUCUUGUGGUCUCCCCUCCCCAGGUAUUGUUUGGUCUGUUUGGAGCUGGGUGUGUUGACAUACGGUGUAGAUCUUGCCGCUCCUCCUGGCCUUGGCAGAGCCUGUCGCCUGCGCCCACCUACCCAGCAGGUUUUGAUGUUGGCUCCUGAAAGAGUUUGUAUUUAUUUUAUUUUGCACUAGUCACAGUUGUUGUGAAAAUAUCUCAACUGUUUUGGGAGAGAUUGCCUGUGAUGGAAAGAGAGAUGGAUGAUUUAUUUAUUGCUUCAGUUGUUUUAAAAUUAAAAGCUAUUCUCACAA